UUCAUGAAAAUGCUCAAAUUUUAACCUGGCCAUCCAUCAUUUUGUUCAAACUCUUUUUAAUCCGUUCAAAUUCCUUCGUAAUUCCUCGCAUAUUUGAGCUAAGAGGAGCAGCAUUCCCUCACUUUCGUGAGACCACGAUCAUAAACAGAACAGAGUACUUCAGAGAAGAGCGGGAACGGAAGUUAAAUGGAAAUCAAGAAGAACAAAGCGUGAUAAAUUGCUUGCCAUUUUGAAGAAUUUGCAAUUGCGCGAGUGCCUGCUUGUGGACCGGGCCCGACCCAACUUGCAGCUUUCCCCUUGUGCUCGGAGCUUCUACGAGAGUCGUCUAUCGACAGAAUGGAUCGAGUCACGCUGCUGGGCCUGCCAGACGACGCGCUGCUGAGGGUGCUGGCCUACCUGCCCCUCCGGGAGCUCUUCGUCUGCCGGCAAGUGUGUCGGCGCUUCAGGAGCCUGUGCCUGCAUCCCGACCUGUGGCGGUACGUGUGGCUGCCGCAGAGCCUGGUGCGCGCCGCGCUCAGCCUCGCGCCUUGCCUCGCCGGUUUCGUCGGCUGUCUCGGGGACGGGCUGCCCAUGAAGGAGGUGGCUGCAGCUGUGGCGGGCACCGCGUGCGUCGUCGAUGACCUUCGGUUGACAUUGGUAGAGCAGGAAGACGUGCCCUUGGCCGAGGACGUCAUUCGUCAGCUUGCCGCCGUCGGCGGUGUUAGGAUCCUGUACUUGCACACCGGGUGUACCACUCGUACUGCGUCGAUCAUUGAGGUUGUCUACAGUUUGGACAAUCUGCAAGAGCUAGUGAUUGAGGCUGGAGCACCGUUGCCGGCUGCCUGUAACAACGUCAAAGUGCGUUCUCAUUUGACGAGGCUCGAGUAUGUCAGAAAGACCCACGCACCCGCCAUUCCCGCGGACACCUUGGACCCUUUCUUCCUGCAGUUGGUCGCGACACAUGCCUCCACUCUUGAACAUGUGUAUGUUGACUUCCCAUUCGAAGUCGUCGUCCCGAUGUCGCUGCUGGCAGGGAUACGCGGCCUGCGCCAACUGACGUGCAGCCUGAACGAAGGUAUGCCCCAGCUGCUGUCUCUGCCCGACCUCGUCUCCGUUGACUUUUGGUCCUGCGAUGGUGGAGACCUCGCUCCGCCUGGUGCGUUGGACUUCCUGCGCCAGUCGUCACAGUUGCGGACUGCCCGCCUUCCGGACGACGACACCGCCGCGCUGGUGGCUCUAAGCGAGUCCCGCUCUGCCGGCGUCCUGACCAGCCUCAGCUUCCGCGGCGCGUGCGUCGAUGAUGAUGCACCUCUCCUCACGUCUCUUGCCGCCGUCCUGCCCCGAUUCCCUUCCUUGGCAGAGCUCCAAAUGUUCGCAGAGCCCUCGGCCGACCUGUUGCGGGCUAUCAGUCCCACUUCUGCGCCCCACCUGACGAGACUGACGGUCCUCGCCCCCUCAGACCGGUGCCGCCACGCCUGGCUCCACGAACCUGGAAUUCAGGAUCUUCUCAGGAGGAAUUCCAGCCUGCACCUCUGUGUCCAAUUCUCGCUUCAUGGAGGUGACCCCAAAGACUGCGACUGUUCGUGGUGCCUUUGCAAAUGUGGGUGGUGCUCAUGGGGAUGUCACAGCGAUCUCUAUUCUGGUGGCUUUCGUAAGUUCGCUUCACACGCCAGGGGGGCCGGCUGUUCUGUGAACUGCUAUCAGGUUUAAUGGCCGUAUGGAAUCAUGAUCCAGCCUGUGUUCUAAUUUAUGCCCCAGCGCUCGCUACUUUCCUGAAUGUUCAAAAGUACAAAAAUUUAAGAGUGCGUUAGUUAUGAAAUGUGUCCCGUAGCGAGUGUACAUGGUUGUUUGGAUUUUCAUCAAAGUAUUUUAAAUGAACUCCAUCAUACUGUAGAAUCAUUUAUCAGUAACUACAUGUGAUAAGGCAUGCCCUUCUUGUGUAUCACAACACAAUUGUUUGUCUAUUUUAAGAUUUAAAAUUGUUUUUAUUUAACGUUUUUAAGUUGUUAGUUUUAUAUAUGUAGCUUUGUGCAUUUCGUUUCGUGCUGUUGGGUCGUUGAGAAAUAUUCAGAAUAAAUUUAUAUAUUUUUGUGAA